UUCGACGCUGUUGCGGCAGGUCACACGCGGCGCGAUGGCAACGCUUCACCAGCUCAAAGCCCAAAACGACAGUCGGUUGGCGGUCGAGAAGUGCCUGAUCGACCGCAAGCGAAACGUAUUGGUUCUUGCGAUGCACUACUGCGUCGAGAACGGCUACUUGCAAACAGCCGAGAAGCUGCAGCAAGAAGCGGGCGUGGCUCUGUCGAAGUUCGAGGUCGUCGACAACAUCGACUUGCUGCGUAUUGUACAGGAGUUCGAAGACUUUUACGAGCUCAAGUUUGGCAAGAAACCAAAGCUCGUGCGACGUACGAGUGGCGACGAGGAAAAGGCGAAAGCGUCGCAAUUCAACGAGAAGAAAGCCGCGGUCGAGAAGCGAAACAAGCGCAAUUCGUACGCGUCGCCGCACAUGCCCACGGAAGCGAGAGUGGAGAACAACGCGGCGCUCAAAGCAGUCCAGACAUCUAUCGGCAGCACCGCCACGACGUCCGCCGCGCCAUCGAAACCAGACGAGAUGGCACUUGAACCAACUGUGAUCCCUGGCGUCACGGGCCACAAGCCAUCGCACCAGCGCACAGCCAAGCCUGGCAAGGGCAAAACGGAAUCCAAGCUGGAGGAAGAGGAAGACACCGUUGAAGACAGGCUACUGAAACCCCUGCCUUUCAUGCACGACUCAGAGCUGCGUCCGCUAGCUGAAAGCAUUACACGGGAGAUCUUUCAGAAAAACCCCAAUGUGCACUGGGAUGAUGUCGUCGGUCUCGCAGACGCCAAGCGAUUGCUGAAAGAAGCUGUCGUCAUGCCGUCCAAGUACCCACAACUUUUUAAAGGAUUGCUCUCGCCAUGGUGUGGCAUCUUGCUAUAUGGCCCGCCAGGAAAUGGCAAGACGAUGCUGGCAAAGGCGGUCGCGACCGAGUGUAAAACCACAUUUUUUAACAUCUCUGGAUCGUCUAUUGUGAGCAAGUACCGAGGGGACUCGGAGAAGCUCGUGCGCAUGCUGUUCGAGUUGGCUCGGUACCAUGCGCCGUCGACGAUCUUUCUCGACGAAAUCGAUUCGAUCAUGGGCCAACGAGGCGAAAGCAGCGGCGGCGGCCAGGAACAUGAAGCAAGCCGUCGAAUGAAGACAGAGUUGCUCAUCCAGAUGGACGGACUGUCCAAGACACAAGAAGUUGUUUUCGUGUUGGCAGCGAGUAACCUUCCGUGGGAACUGGACGCAGCCAUGUUACGACGGCUGGAAAAGCGAGUGCUUGUGGGAUUACCGUCUCCAGAAGCGAGGACGAAAAUGUUUUCCGAGCUCCUGGAGCCAUACAUCGAUGCGAACUUUGACUUCGCCGACUGCGUGCUCAAGACCGAGGGCUACUCAGGGGCAGACAUCAAGCUUGUGGCCAAGGAAGCUUGCAUGGCGCCUGUUCGCCGGCUCAUGACAAAACUCGAAUCCCCUGACGCCGAGAACAACCAACUCACUUGUGAAUCCGGUACGUUCCACUGGUUCCCGCUGUUCUGCAUGUGUCGUCAGCCACGCACUCGACAGGAAACUGGCACGAGCUUCUCGACAAGAUCACAAGCUGUGACAUCGCCCACGCCUUGGACAAAACCAAGCCAUCCGCGCACCAGUUCCUUCGAAAGUACGAAACGUGGCACAAUCGGUUUGGGUCGUCGUAGCGUCAACGCUAUCAAAUAAUGUGUACAACUCCUCCGAUCCACAUACCUUGCGCAUGCCGCCCUGCGUGAAUGCGACGGCGGUGCGCGCAAGACCGCCGCUUAAAUGGCGUGAUGCCGUUAUUAACGCG